AUUAUCGCGAUGCGCCACCGUGAACGAAUUGUUGGAACAAGAAUAUUGCAGAAUAAGAUUUGCAGCGCUUCCAAAGCUGCGGUCUGAUGUUUCUCGAAUUGCCAAGUCCAUUCCCAAGUUUGUCCAAGAGUUUCGCCAAAUAGAGGAUGGGCUACGAAUAGCACAUCUUGUGCUGCGGUCGGAAGCUUUGGACGAAUCAUUCUCACAAAUUGUUGGUGAAUUUGAACAAAUCGCCGGUCCUCUAAUAUCUGCAAGGCGAAAUAUCGAUACAAUGCUAAAACCUUUCUAUGACAUGAACGAUGAAUAUGCCGAAUUGCGAAAAGCCUGUAAUAAAGUAAGUGGUGGUUUAAUUGGAAUACGUUCGAUGCUCCGAAAUCUUUCAACGGAUGAAGGGUUCCCUAGAGGUUCUUAUGAUUUCUUCAUGUAUUACCACAAGAGCACUGGCAUCAUCGCGAAAGACUUCGCAGAAUAUUCACAUCGCUUUCGUCGAGUUUAUGCGCUCAGAAAGAGGCAUCAAAAUCCACUUUCAGAUGCGUGGUCUUUGCAUUUCUUGGCUUCUAACUAUCGAGAUGUGCCUGGAACCGUCGAUAUUCUAGACACUUACCUUAAAGCUUGCCGAACUGGCAAAAUGAUUUCCGAAUGCCAUCCACGAGAAUUAUUUGACCUUACAAAGACUUUGCGAGAUUUCUAUAUCCCGAAGUCUUCAAAGACCCGUUCUCCACGCAGCCCUGAAUUAGAUAUACAUUGGCGACAAUUGGAUGUGCUCGCACCAUUCGAGAUUGCUUGGGCUUCCGGAGUCACAAUGCGUCAUGAGAUGAUGUACCUGUUAGAUUCAAUGAUGAGAACGAUUCAAGAUCGAAAUGGGCUCUGGGCGAGGAAUAGUACUGAAGGUCUUGUACACCAUGUGACUGGUAUGAAAACAUUGUUUAGGGAUUUCAAUUCUCAUCGCACCGAGUUGAUGCAACAAUACCAAGAAUUCAUGGCUGUCAAUUGGAUACGACUUCAGCUGGAAGAUAAACUCCACACAUUGGGGGUACCGGAUAUGAACAGAGAAAAGGGAGUUUUCACUGUACGCAAGCCAUUAAGUCAGAGUCGUGGUCGUUUCCUUGAAUGGGCCGAGAAUAUGGACACUCAUCUCUGGGCAUCAUGGGUCCUGACGAGCGCCAUCAGAGCUCCUCCUGAGUAUUGGAGGAAGGUGGAAAGAAGACUUGCAGUCGACAAUAAAACCCGCGCAAACAAGCUGGAGCUUGAUGCUUUUGGUAUUCCCAUCAUGGGAUCAGCUGAAAUUGGGCCAACAGAGCCUACUGAAGACCUAGAGAGCAUCGCUGGGAACCCUCAAGAGAGCAUUGCUGAGAACCUUCAAGAGAGCGCUAAGAGUAUUCGCAAAAAGCGGGCAAGUCUUUGGCGCUUGGUCAAGAAAAGUUUCCCUGCAAUCUUGAUAAAGACAAAAGCCAAGCCAGGUCUUGGGCCGGACAAUCCUAAGUUAGUACGGCCAAAAGUGGCGCCUGUUGGUGAAAAGCCCAGGGCACAGACAGCUGCUCAACACAAGCUUAAGGAAACCUCAUCUGGAAAGUCAACGGACCCAAAUUCCAUAAGAAAGGCUCCAGGCUCUAAAACUAUUCCCUUGCGGGCAGGCGCAGUAUCUGUUAGGAAAAAUAAAAAGAAUCAUACUGUUGGACAGACAAGCAAGCCUUACAGCACUGUUGCGUCAAUACGGUCAAAUGCUGGGCAUAAUGAAGAUGGCAAGGAUGAUGUGCAAAGUCGCGAAUAUGAAAAUUCAAUUAAACAAGGAGAUGAAGCCAACCAAACGCCUAUCUUGACGAAAAAGCUGGCAGCAACGCCGCAUAUGUCUUCACAACAAGCACCCUCUCUGGACCCAGCAACGCCGAAGUUUUGGAGUCACCGGUUGCAUAAAGGCUCGAAUGAAAAGGCUAUUGUUGUGCAUUACUGCAAGUCUCUAAGAAACACAGAAGAGGUGGCAAAACUUUUCCUUCAGGAUGAGAUAAUCGGGUUUGACAUGGAAUGGAAGGCUCAGGCAUCAAGUACAGACGGGAUUCAAGACAAUGUCUCGCUGAUUCAAAUUGCAAACAAAGACCGCAUUGCCCUCUUCCAGAUCGCCCUUUUCCACCCGGCGAGAAAUGUUCAAGACCUCGUUUCGCCUUCACUGAAACGGGUUCUCGAGUCUCCAGAUAUCACAAAAGUUGGCGUGUCAAUCAAGGCGGACUGCACUCGAUUACAGAAAUACCUCGGCAUUACUGCCCGUAGCAUUUUCGAGCUCAGCCAUCUAUUCAAAUUGGUCAAAUACUGCCAAACAAGUCCUAAGUUAAUCAACAAACGGGCUGUUAAUCUGAGCGAGCAGGUUGAGCACCAUUUCGGGCUACCAUUGGAAAAGGACAACGACGUACGAUGCAGCGAUUGGACCCGGUCAUUGAACUAUCGUCAAGUUCAAUGUGAGUACCUCUUCUCUUUCCAGAUUGAGGGCAAAGAAGCUAAUACAUAACCUGUACAGAUGCUGCAACAGAUCCAUAUGCAGGUUUAUGCCUGUUCCAUACAAUGGAUGCCAAGCGGGAGGCAUUAGACCCUGUGCCUCCUCGACCAGCUUUCGCCGAGUUAGGCCUUCCAAUCCGCCUGGCAGAAGCGGUAGUUGUGGAGGAAUCCAAGGAAGUGGAAGUUGUCGAAACAACCGUGACUUCGGAAAUCGUCAGCGAGCGCGCUUAAACGAAUUAUUUCAUGUUACGGUUGAGGAACUCUGGUAAAUGUUGAAAUCUAGCGUUUUGCACAUUUAUUCGUUAUUUACUGUUUUAUGCACCAAAGCUUUUG